AUUAAGAAUUAAUGGACUGAGAAAGUCCCUCCCAAAAUCUACGACAACCACUCAUUUCAAUCGAUUUUGCAAUCAGCCAAAUCCAUUCUCACCCUCUCUUCCUCUCCACCCAGAAAAAAUAGAAUCAAAAUUCAAUUUUUAUUUUUUUAAAAAAAAAAAAUUAAAACAAAAGUAUAAUCCAUUUGAGAAAGGAAAAUAUGUACAGUCCUCCAUUUUUCUACAACCACCUACUACUUCUACUCUUCUUUCUCCUUCACCAAACUCCAUGGUUAAGAUUACAGUUGUUGAAUAACACCAUUACUAAUCUCCUUUCCUUCUCUUCCCCUUAAGAAUAUGACUCCCUCUUUCUGUUUAUCUUCUUCAAAAAACACUACAAGCAUUGAAACUCACCAUUUCUAUCUUCUUAAGCAUCGUUACUCUCUUUUCUGCCAUGAAACUCAAUUGCCCAGAAAAGAAAUCAGUUCAUUCAAGCCUUACAAACCAUUUCUCCCAAAUUUGAGGCUUAAAAGCUCAAACUUUAUUCACACUUUUGCUAGUUUAUCCUCUUUUGCAGAAGCUGAAGGUGGGGAAGAACAUAAAGAAGGAAUAACCCUCAACGAUCAUCAUCAUAACCAUGUCAAAGAAGUUGAAGAAGAACAAAAAGAAGAUAACUUGCCAGGAAUGGCUCAAGCUUUUCACAUAUCUUCAAACACUGCUAAAGCCAUUUCCAUAUGCAUAGCCUUUGCUGCUCUGACUCUACCCUUGUUCAUGAAAACUCUGGCUCAAGGUCUGACCUUGAAGACCAAAAUGUUGUCUUAUGCCACCCUUUUGUUUGGAUUUUACAUGGCUUGGAAUAUUGGGGCCAAUGAUGUGGCUAAUGCCAUGGGAACUUCGGUGGGUUCGGGGGCGUUGAGUCUUAGGCAAGCUGUGUUGACUGCUGGGGUGUUGGAGUUCUCAGGGGCAUUGUUGAUGGGAACACAUGUUACUAAUACUAUGCAGAAAGGUAUUCUUGUUGCUAAUGUGUUUCAGGGCAAGGAUUCUUUGCUCUUUGCUGGCUUGCUGUCUUCUCUUGCUGCUGCUGGAACUUGGCUCCAGGUAGCAUCAUAUUUCGGGUGGCCUGUCUCUACUACACACUGUAUAGUAGGAUCAAUGGUUGGAUUUGGACUUGUCUAUGGAGGAUCUGGUGCAGUCUUCUGGAGUUCCUUGGCAAGGGUAACUUCUUCGUGGGUUAUCUCGCCAUUAAUGGGGGCAGCUGUGUCGUUUCUCGUUUAUAAAUGCAUCCGAAGGUUUGUAUACAGUGCUCAUAAUCCCGGAGAAGCUGCAGCAGCUGCAGCACCAAUUGCGGUAUUCAUGGGAGUUACAGGAAUCUCAUUUGCAGCCUUUCCACUAAGCAAGACUUUUCCUGUGGCUUUGGCUCAGGCUCUAGCCUGUGGAACCGCAGGAGCAGUCUUAGUUGAUAGAAUCAUCCGAAAACAGCUUGGUCCUCUCAUAGAAAAGGCGCACUCAUCAGAAGAAGAGUCCAAAGAGGACUCCUCACAAAACAAGUCUAUAGGAUUUCUCUCUGACAUAGCUGGUCCAAAGGGUACCCAACUGAAGAUAGUUUACGGUGUGUUUGGAUACAUGCAAAUCCUCUCAGCCUGCUUCAUGUCAUUUGCUCACGGCGGAAAUGAUGUCUCCAAUGCCAUAGGUCCUUUAGCUGCUGCCCUUUCUAUACUCCACGGCGGUAGCAGUGGAACAGAAAUUGUUAUUCCCAUGGAUGUUCUUGCAUGGGGAGGUUUUGGUAUCGUUGCUGGGCUUACUAUGUGGGGUUACAGAGUUAUAGCAACUAUUGGAAAGAAGAUUACAGAGCUAACACCAACUAGAGGGUUCGCAGCUGAGUUUGCUGCAGCCUCGGUGGUUCUAUUCGCCUCAAAACUGGGGCUACCAAUCUCAGCCACACAUACUUUGGUGGGUGCAGUCAUGGGAGUUGGGUUUGCCAGAGGACUUAACAAUGUGAGAUCAGAAACUGUGAAAGAGAUUGUCCUUUCUUGGGCAAUAACUAUCCCAGCCGGUGCAUUGUUUUCUGUAAUCUACACAUGGAUCUUGACCAAGAUUUUACCUUCUGUUUUAUGAGUUUAUACAAGUUUGAACAUUGGAGUGAUGGACAUCAUAUGCAACGUGGAUAAUUGAAAAAUAUCCACCUUUUUUUCCAACCAAUUCUUUUUUUUUUCUCCUUUUCAUUUGGUAAGUAUGAUUUCCUCUGUUGGAAAUCUAUGUUAUCAGGAACCAAAGUAAUUUUUAACUUAAUUCCUGUCUAGCUUUUUCAGUCAUCCUUUCCUCUUAUCAUUUCUAGUACCUAAUGAAAUUUAUAAUUAUGGAAA